AUGAAAAUGAAUCGUACUACUCUUACGUAUUUGUUUUUCCUGCUUAUUUUUACCGUUGGUGCCUUUGCCAAAGACCCCGUUGAUGUGAACGUCAUAGAGGUCGGCCUUGAUCAUGUGACCGUCAACCUCUGCGCCAACGUUGCACUAAACACGCGGGUGCAACUAAAGGUGCUUUUGGAGCCCGUUCCCGUCGUAAUUGCAUUAAAGACUCUCCAACUGCACCUGGCAGCGCAUGUGUGCCUCAAAGUUAAGAUCUUCGCCAUACUUCAAGUCGGCAAACUCUAUGAAGUAGAAUGUGACGAGGAUAAGAGUGGAAACCGUCUGGGUAGUUCCAAAGAAUUUAGUCCUUCUUCUUAA